AUGGAGAGGACGCUGCAUGGGCGUCUCAGGCUGGCCACCGAGGGACGCGUAGCCAGCGCCACCGGAACCAGCCAGGGGACCGAGCUGAAGAGCGCCCACCCCCUUCCCCAUGGCCCUCAGACCAGCGGGGACUCCACCCGGCCGCCGGGAGCUGAGCGGGAGGGCCGCAGCUCCUCCGCCCCAGCCCGCGGCGCCCGGGACCCCGGCGGGCGGUGGCCGAGGAAGCGCCGCAGCAUGGGGAAAUUUCAGUCCAAGCACGGGCGCAUGCCCUGCGUCACUGCAGCCGCUCACACCUGCAAGAGGAGAGAGAGCCCGGAGGGGGACAGCUUUGCGGCGUCACAGGCCGGCAGGGGCGGCCACAGAGGCGCGGAGGAGGCGCGCUGUGCCGGCAGAGUGGAGCACCAUGUCCGGGACAGGCCGGAACUGCUCAGCGGGGACCCCAAGGAAGGGCCUUUUCGAGAGGAACAGGGGCCUCUAGUGGCAGUCCCCCCUGAGAAGGCCGAGGGCCGAGAGGGCCCAGGACAGCUCUUGGGCCUGGAGGAUAGAGAGAGGACAGGGAGCCACGAAGGACCACGGGGACCAGGGAAGAAGAACCUAAAUAUCGAUGCCCUGCAGUGCGACGUGUCCGUGGAGGGGGACAACCGACAAGAGUGGACCUUCACGCUCUAUGACUUUGACAACUGCGGGAAGGUCACCAGGGAGGACAUGUCCAGCCUGAUGCACACUAUCUACGAGGUCGUGGAUGCCUCCAUCAACCACUCCUCAGGCAGCAGCAAGACUCUCCGAGUGAAGCUGACAGUCAGCCCGGAACCCUCUAGCAAGAGGAAAGAGUGUCUUCCCAGCGGUCAAGACCAGGAGCCCUCGCGCAGCAGGACCGAGAGCGACCUCGCGGACGACAGGAGACCGUCUUACCACUGCAGGAGGCCCAACACAGACUCACGGCCCUGCUCCGUGCGGGGGUCCUACUGCGUGGACGAGAACACGGAGCGGAGGAACCACUACCUGGACCUCGCGGGAAUCGAGAACUACACAUCCAAGUUUGGCCCUGGGUCGCCGCCAGACGCGGGCAGGCAGGAGCACCACAGCAGGGCCGUGCACCCCCAGAGCCGGUGCCGCUCCCAGGACUCAGACGCACACGGCGGGCACCCACGCAGGUCCCAGGCGCCGGCUGACCACCCGCCGCCCGCCGCCCAGCCCCGACCGAAGGGGCCGGAAAAGCAGUUCCUGAGGUCCCCCAAGGGCUCGGGGAAGCCCCCGGGGGGGCCGGGCUGCGGCAAGGCCGGGAAAGCCCCGAGCCACUGCCCGGCGGCCGCCCCGCCCCCCCCCGCCGCCCAGGACGGCCACCACCUCCCCCGCCCCCCGCCGCAGCCCCCGCCGCAGCCCCACGGCCAGAAGCGGCACCGGCAGAAGGGCAGGGAGGGCCACUCGCCCCUCAAGGCCGCGCACGGCCAGCCGGCCCCGGCGGAGCUCGAGGCGGCCAGGGACCUGCCGCCCGUGCUGGCCCCCGAGGGCCACGGGGGGCCCGUGAUCCAGAGGCACGAGCACCACCACCACCACGAGCACCACCACCACCACCACCACCACCACUUCCACCCCUCCUAG